UGGAAAAUCAUAGAUUGGCAAAAAAUCAAACACCACAAAUAUCUCCUAGCAUUUAUGGUCGUACACUGUUAUUCUUUUCUAUCGAUUCAUGCAAAAAUGAAAGGAAAGCACAACUUUCAAAGUAUAUGUUGCAAGUAGCUGUUUCCGAUCCCAGUUGUUUUGUGCCAAACAAAGGAUUAUUAUGCCGAAAUCAUCUCAAAAAAUGUAUUAAUUUUGAGAUUGAAUAUAAUGAAUCUGAGCGGCAAGAGAUUCUUUCACGUCAAGUUGCUGAAGAUAAAAAGAAAAAAGGAAAAAAAGCAGCAAGUACCGAUGAAUUGUCCAUUUCAACUACCUUCAAUCUAUCAACUUCUAAUUCAACUACUUCCAACCUCUCAACCACUAAUUCAACUAUCUCCAAUCCAUCAACUUCUAAUUCGAUUAUUAAGCAAUCAUCUUUAAUGGGAUAUUUAUCACGGCCUCUGUCCAACAAAGACUUACUUCACUUCGAAAAUCUCAUAUUAAGGAUAAUAGUAUCAAAUGGAUUACCAUUCAAAUUUAUGGAAAAUCAGGAAACAAAAGAUGUAUUUUCUUUUAUUGCUCCAGCCUUAAAAUUGCCUGGACGAAAAGCUAUAAGUGAUCGGAUUUUACCACAAUCUUCUCAAGAAUUAUUAUUAUCUGUUAUAAAACGAGCUCAAGAAGACAAAAUUGGUAUUACCGCAGCAUGUGACGGUUGGACUAAUAUAAAACAACAACAUCUCUUUGGCGUUGUAUUCAUUACUUCACAGGGGGAAAUUUUGAUUUGGAAAGCAAAAGAUGUAAGUGAUCAAAGAUCCAAAACUGAAGACGUAAAACUCUUACUCAAGAGUUUAAUGGAAGAAGCUGAACAAAAUCAAAUCAAAAUCAACUGCUUUGUAACUGAUUCUGCUGGCGAGUAUGCGGCAGCUAGACGACAAUUGCGAAUUGAAUAUCCAAAUAAGAUUUGGAUUCCAUGUAUGGCUCAUCAAAUGAACCUAGUUGUAGGAGACAUAUUUAAGGAAUCUGAAUUCUAUCAACAAACAUCAAAAAAUGCUGUUCGUUUAGUCAGUUACUUUCAUUCUUCACCUUAUUUUACGGAAAAAUUACAAAAUGAACAACAAUCUUGCUAUGAAAAAACAAUUGCACUUGCAACUCCAAGUGAAACACCUUGGUUUGGAGAAAUGCCAACGCGAAUUCUUCGACAAUAUUUAUCCUAUCAGCGAGAAGUAUUUCCUUUCAACCCUGAAACAUAUAAUCAAUUUGAUGACAACAUUAUUGAUUUUUGGGAAUCAGCUCAGGGCUUAGCACCAGAGCUUUCUCGAUUGGCACUUCAUCUUUUUGGAAUCUGUAUUAAUGCAGCAUCAGUAGAACGACUUUGGUCAAACAUGAGUUUUUUGCAUACAAAAUGUAGAAAUCGAUUAAUG